AUGGACUCAAUUAAUGUACUCAAAUAUAUGGAGAAAAGACAACUUGGCUAUACCGGAUUGAAAAGCAAAUUGAGUGACAUGCUUAUUGGACAAAUGGGUUAUAUACCUCAAACAAAUGAUAACACACACAAUAUAUAUUGUGUUGGAAAAACUUAUGCUUGUAAGUUCAGUAGGAACAAAAACAAUUUACACAUAGUUGGUGUUUCAACUGAUUACGGAGAAAUAAUUGUUCAAAAUACUAUAGGUCAUUACAAUGACCAGAACAAAGAGUUUAAAAGACAUACUGUACACAUCUCUUCUAUUUUUGACUUUGCAUGGGCUGAGCCACAAAUGAAAUUAAUAACGGCCUGUAGAGAUGGAAUUUCAAAAUUAUGUAAUUUAAGCCCAUCAGGGGUACUCGCUGAAGAAAGAGUAUUUAUUCAUAAUUCUUCUGUUAAAAGUGUUAUGUUUUGCCCUGGAUCUUCAGAUGUAUUUUGUGUUGGAUGCCAAGAUGGUUCAGUAAAAAUCUGGGAUGCACGUUUAAAUAAUGAUCGAAUCGUUUUGGAGUGCGAUUCUGGAACAAGAUUAAACAAGAUUACCUCAAAAAAAAGUGUUGGACUAUCUUCUGUAAUAUUUAAAACUGAUCAAACUGUUUUAUCUUGUUGUUCCAUGGACCAAUACAUAAAUUUAUGGGAUUUACGUAAAAGUUACAGCCAAGUAAACGGUAAUAAAGAACAUCAACCACUCAUGAAAUAUUUUAAUGAAAUGACAAUGCCAAUAAAAAUUUAUGGUUAUAUAAAUAUAAUAACAAAUCCUCAAUCUACUUUAAUGUAUGCGAGUGGUAUAAAUAAUGUUAUUUACUGUUAUUCAUUGGAUUCUACAGAAACAAAUCCAAUAUGCAAAUACUAUGGUCAUUUAAAUAGAACUUGGUUCUCCAAAAUUAGUAUUAGUCAUGACGGCCGUUAUCUAUUUAGUGGUUGUCGGGAAAAUGGCGGCUAUAUUUGGUUGACAGAUUUUCCAUAUAAUAUAAAUCCAAUGUUUAAAAUAAACAAAUAUGAUAAGAAAUUUCAUAAAAUGGAUUUGAAAGCUUCAGACUGGUGUGCAGAUUCAACAAGUACUAAAUUGGUAACAAGCAGUAAUUCAAUGCCAAUGGUGUGGUCAAUACUUACCCAUGAACAAAAAAAAUUUGAAAAAUAUUCAAUUUGUCCAACACUUUGGUAUAAAUCAAGAAAAUCUUCAGUGAAAAUCUGA